UUAUAGAUUCCUUUUAAUGGUUCAUUUCCAAAAUGUUCAAAAUAAAUAAAAUUUUAAUAAUAUGCUGUUGCUGCCAAAAUCAGAAUAUGCAUCACAUUUAAACACAGCAGAGAGUGUGCACAAAAUCUAUUGUUUAUAAAUUUAUACAAAAAUUUGACAUGAGUAAACGAUUUGUUGCAACUUCAAUCAGUGAUUCUAGUUUCCGCUUAAUUGAACCCAAAUUAACAGAUCAAAUUUAGUGCCUUGCAGCACCGCCUUCCCCGCCAAAAUAGUCAAUGCACUUUGCUUGCCACCCCACAUCCGACGAGCAACUUGCGGCAUGCGCCGUAAUUGGGUUAUGGCAUCCACAUCCACAUCCGCAUCCACAUCCACAUCCGCAUCCACAAUUCACACAUGGAGGCGAGGGAUUUUGCAUACAGUAAAUGGGAGACAGUGUGUGACAAUGUCGCUGGGAAUUUUGUGGAAAAAUGCAACAAUUAAGACCUUAGAUUGUGCUCGAACAGCGAGCUGCGAUGCAUCUAAAUGCAUAUGGGCGAUGAGGUUGUUUCCCGCCCCCUUUCCGCCCUUUCCGCCCCUUUGUGCGAUUUGCCGCCGCUUUUGCGGAUGUUGUCCUGCUUGGCCCGCUGCCAUUUCGACGUGCAUGCAACAAUUUAUGGGGCUGUCAACAAUAUGGCAACAUGUUUUUUGCUCGACUGCGUCUGGACAUGCUAAUUGCAUGCACCAUGUGGAAAUAUCAAGUAAGUCCCUGCCCGGCACUGAAACUUUUACGAAGCGAAUAAUUUAAUGCGCCAUAAAUUCGCAUGUUCGCUUGUAAAAUUGUAAAAUUGCAAAAUUGACAGCGAGUGCGCCAUAAAUUCUGUAGCAUACUUUCAGCGCGCGUUUUGAGCGACAAAAACCGCUGACAAGAGCAGGCAGCCAAUGCAAAGUGGGCCGAAAACGAGAAUGGAGAUUUAUGCGCCGGUUUUAUUAAUUAUAAAAGCGACGAAAGCUUUGCCAAACUGCUCACCUGAAACUAUGACACGUGUAAUUCCGCAUUUUAGUUGCCAUUGUUGAAAUCAGCAUGGAGUGCAAAUUGUUGUACAACAAAGUCGUCACAGUUUUAACAACUUUUCCAUUUUACCUUGUUCGGAAUUCAUGCUUUUUCAUAUUACAUAGUUCAUUUCCUGAUGUAUGGUUUGUUUUUGAAGAGCCACUUUUUUUCAUCCUAAAAGGAGGCCAAAAUUUAAAUUUGCGAUUGAAGUGAACCAAUUAUUCCUACCUAAACAUGGAUGCCCAAUUGAGUGAGUGUUCUACUCCAUGGAAUGCGUUUAAACCAAAUGUGAAGGAGCCAUGGGAUGAGCGAAUGGGAAGCCUUAGUUCAUCGGCAGGUGGUCUAAUUUCUAAUUGAGUUGGCCACGCAAGGCUAAUUAUAUAAUUGGGCAAUCGCACCGAUUGAGCCAUCACCAAAACGGUAUUUAAGUGGGGAGAACCUUACAUUAAAGCUGAGAAUUCAAGGAACCAUGGCAGAGGUCAGAGUGGACAGUCUGGAGUUUUUCAAGAGCCAUUGGACCGCCUGGCGGUACUUGGGCGUAGCUCAUAUUCGGGUCGAGAACUGGAAGAACCUAUACGUGUUUUACAGCAUCCUGUCGAAUCUUCUCGUGACCCUGUGCUACCCCGUUCACCUGGGAAUGUCCCUCUUUCGCAAUCGCACCCUCACCGAGGACAUCCUCAACCUGACCACCUUUGCGACCUGCACAGCCUGCUCGGUGAAGUGCCUGCUCUACGCCUACAACAUCAAGGAUGUGCUGGAGAUGGAGCGGCUGUUGAGGCUCUUGGAUGAGCGCGUCGUGGGUCCGGAGCAGCGCAGCAUCUACGGCCAGGUGAGGGUCCAGCUGCGGAAUGUGCUGUACGUCUUCAUCGGCAUCUACAUGCCGUGUGCCCUGUUCGCCGAGCUAUCCUUCCUGUUCAAGGAGGAGCGUGGUCUGAUGUACCCCGCCUGGUUUCCCUUCGACUGGCUGCACUCCACCAGGAACUACUACAUAGCGAACGCCUAUCAGAUAGUGGGCAUCACGUUCCAGCUCCUGCAGAACUAUGUGAGCGACUGCUUUCCGGCGGUGGUGCUGUGCCUGAUCUCAUCCCACAUCAAAAUGCUGUACAAGAGAUUCGAGAAGGUGGGCCUGGAUCCGGCCAGAGAUGCGGAGAAGGACCUGGAGGCCUGCAUCACCGAUCACAAGCAUAUUCUAGAACUUUUCCGACGCAUCGAGGCCUUCAUUUCGCUGCCCAUGCUAAUUCAGUUCACAGUGACCGCUUUGAAUGUGUGCAUCGGCAUAGCAGCCCUGGUGUUUUUCGUCAGCGAGCCCAUGGCACGGAUGUACUUCAUCUUCUACUCCCUGGCCAUGCCGCUGCAGAUCUUCCCGUCCUGCUUUUUCGGCACCGACAACGAGUACUGGUUCGGACGCCUCCACUACGCGGCCUUCAGCUGCAAUUGGCACACGCAGAACAGGAGCUUUAAGCGGAAAAUGAUGCUGUUCGUUGAGCAAUCGUUGAAGAAGAGCACCGCUGUGGCUGGCGGAAUGAUGCGUAUCCACCUGGACACGUUCUUUUCCACCCUAAAGGGUGCCUACUCCCUCUUCACCAUCAUAAUUCGAAUGAGAAAGUAGGACUUUGUGAAAGGGUUUCAAUUGCAACCUAUUGAGAUUAUUAAAGACACUAAUCUGCUUAA